AUGGCUUGGGCUGGGAUCCUGCGGGCCGCCCCCCGCUGCCCGCCGGCGCCUGGUCUCCUCUGGAGUAGCCUGGGGCUCCGCAGCUACGCCAAGAAAGUCGUGUCGAAGGUGAGAGGCAAAGGUGCGUCAAAGGAGGAUCUCAAGGGUCCUGAGGUGUGCAAAGACCCGGUGUUGCUCACCACCCACGCCGUGGGUACCAAUAUCUACAAGCAAGGUCCCGAAGUGGCAUUGAAACCAGACUCGGAAUAUCCAGAAUGGCUUCUCCAGAUGGAUCUUGGCCCACCUAAGAAGCUGGAAGAUUUAGACCCAGACACCAUGGAAUACUGGCGUUUCCUCCGGAAGGAGAAUCUAAAGCAAAAGUACCGGCUACGCAAAGUCCGGCCUUUUUGA